CACAAAAUAAUCGAAACUCUCGGCGAUCUCUGAUUUUCUCUGUAGAGUUUGGAUGGAAACACGCAAAUCAGAAGGAAAGCUGCCUUCUUCGCUCAAAAACCUCGACUUAAAUACGAAUCAUGAAUCAAAGAAUAAGAUUCCUGUUUCAGCUUAUCUAUCUUCCUCACUCACAGGGAUAUCUGCGUUGAAACCUGGACCUCCUCCGUCUCUUGUUAGCUUAUGUCUUGGUGUUGUUGGGAGACAUUUAGAAGAAAUCAUUCCUUGUUUAUCUGAUAUCUCUCACAUCUUUCCUUCUGACAUCAAGAUGUCGAUUGCAGCCAUUGCUAAAAGAAGGAAGCUACUGGAUGAUGAUUUGAUUAUCUCUUUGGCUGACACUUCCUGGGAGAUUUUAGAUGUUAGUGGUUCAGAUGUUUCAGAUUCUGGCUUAGCUAAAGUGUCAGAGAUGUGCAAAUCUCUCAGGGCUGUGGAUAUAAGCCGGUGUAACAAGAUCACAUCAAUGGGAGUCUCAGAGCUUGUACAAAACUGCCGAUCUUUGGAAACUCUAAGAUGCGGAGGAUGCCCAAGUAGUGAGUCUACCGCACGCAGAUCUUUGAGUUUGUUUAAGCCAGACUUGAGUAACGUUGAAGGAGAAUCAUGGGAAGAACUAGACGUUACAGAGCUUGGUCAAUCAUUGCGUUGGCUUGUUUGGCCAAGAAUUGAUAAGGAUUCAUUGGAGAUGCUUUCCAUGGAAUGUCCAAGAAUAGUAGUAAACCCCAAGCCCUCGUUUCUCAGUUACAGUCUACACGAGGUUCCUCGAGAAGCAUUACCAGAUGUUGCAUUGGAUGAGCCGUUUGUGAAAGAUAUUGAUCCUGAGACGUGGGUUGUUAGAGGAGUUGUGAAGAUACCCACAACAACUUCAUUGUCCUUGACCUCCUCUAGUGAGUUGUCAAUAGCAGAGAAGUUCAGAUUAGCGUUUGCAGAGAGAGAUGCACGGUUGGCUCCUAAACGAGCAAAGAAUGCGAGGCAACAGCAACGUCGUGCUGAGAGGGAUUGGAUGAUGUCUAGUGACGAAGCUAAAUCAAUGGCUUUUGCAUCAAAGGCCAACAGAUCUUUGCGCAAGAAGUAGUUUUGAGGAAUGAGGAUUCUCUGUAUAAACAGGCGUCAAAGAAACACACAAGAGGAAGAUCAGUGUAUGUUCUAACGUCUGAAACAUAACACUGAUUAUGUUGUAUCAUUUCAUGGAGUUCUUUUUGGAAAAGCAAAGCGAAUGAAGAAGAACAGUGACUGCUUAUUGAAGAGAAAAAUGUUGGUUAUGUUUCUUAACUAUUAUCAAAUCUUUUAAGUGGUACAAAACGAGUUGAUAUACAUAUAUAUAUAGAAUGAACUGCGU